GUACGAGUAUAGAGAUGGAGUCGCGUUUGCUGUGACUGGUGAAGUUGUCCAGAAUUUGAGGAUAAUUCUUGUAUGGUGAUAUUGUUUCAACCACGUUAUCAUGGAUGACAUGAAGGACAAAAGUAUUCAUUUUACUGCUCAGAAACUUACAGAAGAAAUACAAAAUAUGCCUGCAUAUAAGAAAUUUUAUUCAGGAAUUCAGAAAAUUGCAUCUUCAACUUGUGUGAAUAAAACUGAAUUCAAAGAAACUCUCCUUCAAGCAAUGAAACAAGCUGGAAUGGAAACUGAACUGAGGAACACAGUGUUUCACUGGGUGAGAUCCCACAAUAAUCAUGACAGCAUUAGUGGAUAUUCCAUCAAGGAGCCACUUGCAUAUUUACGGAAAGCGCAGAUGCAAUGGGAAAAACGAAUUCACAAAUCCCUUAACUCAAUGUGCAAUGAAAUUGGUGUGCCGUUGGCUCGCUUCCGUUUGGCUUCAGACAGAGAUGAAUUGGAGGAAAAGUGGACUGAAUUAAGUACAUAUGACAUUGACCUGAGUCAGUACCGACCAGUAUAUGCUCCAAAAGAUUUUCUAGAAGUUCUGCUAUGCAUUCAUAGCCCCAACUAUUGUAGUAUGGACGGUGAAGGGAAUUGCCAUAUCAGUCAGAUUCCCCUGCGAGUGAAAACACUAGCCGAGCUGCGUUGUCUUUAUGUGGAACUGUCUCGUGGAGAGCCAUUGCUUGGGGUGAACCCUUACAUGGCAUCAGCUGUUGGGAACCAUCCAACAUUGGAAGCUGAACGCACUGCACUGGGUGAGAAAGUUCUGGCAUCAAAUCAUGCACCAGUUGCACAAGAAUUUUUAAAACGAGGGUGUCCACGGAGUUUACGGGGACGCAUCUGGGCUCAGGUCAUGGGUUCAUGUAUCCAUCCAGAGCAUGUAGAGUAUUUCAAUGGGUUGAAACAACAAGUGCUCCAGUAUGACCUUAUGGUGGACAAACUCAUAAUUAAGGAUGUUCAGCUCACAGCCUCUAAUGAUGACCAGUACUUUGUGUUUGAAGAUGUCUUAUACCAGGUUAUGCUGUGUUUCUCUCGAGAUACAGAAGUUCUGUCAGUUUUCAACCACAGUGCUGGCAACCCUGUCCAUGCUGUGCUCAAGAACAAACCUGCUACUGUGGAAAAUACUGUAGCAUUUCCACCCAGUGGAGUCAUUCCAUUCCAUGGGUUCACAAUGUAUGCUACUCCUUUUUGCUACCUCUAUGACAAUCCAGUUGCACUCUACCACACAUUUAGAGCAUUCUAUCUGCGUUACUGGUUCCAUCUUCAUGAAGUUUCUUCUCAUGAGCAAGGUCUCCUCUGUCUCUGUCUUUUGUUUGAGCGGCUACUCCAGCGUCAUGAGCCACAGCUGUGGUUCCAUUUCAAACACAUCAACAUACAACCUGUACGUGUGGUGUUCAAGUGGCUGAUGCGUGCCUUUAGUGGGCAUUUACCUCCAGAGCAACUGCUGUAUCUCUGGGACAUGAUUCUGGCAUAUGAUUCACUUGAGAUCCUACCCCUUCUUGCAGUUGCUAUCCUCAGCUUCCGUAAGGACAACCUCCUAUUGGUUGACACACUACCCAAUGUUGAGGCUGUGUUGGCAGAUUUAUCCUCACUUGCAGUAAUGCCACUCUUACAAUUGGCACUGCUCCAUGACUGAACGGAUGAUAGAAGCAGCAUUUAAAUUAUUAAUCUUAUUUAUUGAUUGUUAUAUUGAUGUUUUAUUGUAUGUGGAUUAUACAAAAAGAAAAUUAUAAUCAUGAACUUUCAGAGAAAGGGGGUAUGCAGUACCAUAGUUUCUUUUUAAUUCGCUAAGUGAGGGGUGGAGUCCAACUGGGUCCACUCAGCAUGGCGGCC